GAAGGCCUGGGACCCCUGUGUCCAGAGGAAAUCAGAUCUUCAUCCAAAUUUGCCAUUGAAAAAUAAGAAAAUGAUGAGUGAUGCAAGUGAMAUGUUGGCUGCGGCACUAGAGCAAAUGGAUGGUAUUAUAGCAGGUUCUAAGGCCCUGGAAUAUUCCAAUGGGAUCUUCGAUUGCCAGUCUCCCACCUCUCCAUUCAUGGGAAGUUUGCGAGCUCUACACCUUGUAGAAGAUCUUCGUGGAUUGUUAGAGAUGAUGGAAACAGAUGAGAAGGAGGGCUUGAGAUGCCAGAUUCCCGAUUCUACAGCAGAAACACUUAUUGAGUGGCUUCAGAGUCAAAUGACAAACGGACACUUACCUGGGAAUGGAGAUGUAUAUCAAGAAAGGCUAGCUCGCUUAGAAAACGAUAAAGAAUCCCUUGUUCUUCAGGUCAGUGUGUUAACAGACCAGGUGGAGGCUCAGGGAGAGAAGAUUCGAGAUUUGGAGUUUUGUCUUGAAGAGCACAGAGAGAAACUGAAUGCCACAGAAGAAAUGCUGCAGCAGGAGCUUCUGAGUAGGACAUCCUUAGAAACUCAGAAGUUGGAUCUGAUGGCUGAAAUAUCCAACUUGAAGUUAAAACUGUCAGCUGUAGAGAAGGACAGACUGGAUUAUGAAGACAGGUUUCGAGACACAGAGGGACUAAUUCAGGAGAUCARUGAUUUAAGGUUAAAAGUCAGUGAAAUGGAUAGUGAAAGACUUCAAUAUGAAAAAAAGCUUAAGUCAACCAAAUCUUUAAUGGCCAAACUUUCUAGCAUGAAAAUCAAGGUGGGUCAGAUGCAGUAUGAAAAGCAGCGGAUGGAACAAAAAUGGGAGUCACUGAAGGAUGAACUGGCAUCUUUAAAAGAACAACUGGAAGAGAAGGAAUCUGAAGUAAAAAGGCUGCAAGAAAAGUUGGUUUGCAAGAUGAAAGGAGAAGGGGUUGAGAUUCUUGAUAGAGAUGAAACUUUUAAAAAGAAGCUCAAAGAAAAAAAUAUUGAAGUACAAAAGAUGAAAAAGGCUGUGGAAUCUUUAAUGGCAGCAAAUGAUGAAAAGGAUCGAAAAAUAGAAGAUCUCCGACAGUGCCUAAACAGGUAUAAGAAAAUGCAAGACACAGUGGUACUGGCCCAAGGUAAAAAAGGCAAAGAUGGUGAAUAUGAAGAUCUGCUCAAUUCCAGUUCCAUCUCUACUUUGUUGGAUGCACAGGGCUUUAGUGACAUAGAGAAAAGUCCAUCAUCUUCCCCAGUAAUGGGAUCUCCCAGUCGUGACCCAUUCAACACAAGUAUUCCAGAAGAGUUCCACACCAGCAUCUUGCAAGUUUCAGUCCCUUCAUUAUCGGCAGCAACUAUAGGAAUGGAAACUCCUGAAAAAACCAAGUUGCCUCUUAAACCAGAGACCUCAUUUGAAGAGAAUGAAGGAAAAGCAAUCCUUGGUGCUGCUAUUGAAACCCAGUUGUGUGAUGGUCUUUUAACUUCAAGUCUGCAAAAGUCCAGCAGCCUAGGCAGUCUGAAGAAGGAGACAAAAAAUGGGGAAAAGGAGUCUAUUCAGAAGCCUUCAGAGGAUAAAGCUUCAGGAGAAAGUAGCACAUUUGGGAGCCUCCCUUCCAAAGUUCCAGGACGAGAUGCCUCCAUGGAUGACAACCCCUUUGGCACUCGAAAAGCAAGAUCUUCCUUUGGCCGGGGCUUCUUUAAAAUCAAAAGUAACAAAAGGACAGCAAGUGCACCAAACUUGGAUCGUAAACGAAGUGCCAGUGCACCCACCUUAGCUGAAACAGAAAAGGAGACAGUGGAGCACCUAGAUCUGGCUGGGACAUCUUCUCAGGCCAGAGAUUCACAGGGAAACAGUCCUUUCCAGAUAUCUCCACCAUCUCCAGAUUCCAAAAAGAAAUCCAGAGGUAUCAUGAGACUCUUUGGAAAACUUAGGAGAAGUCAAUCGACUACAUUCAACCCAGAUGACAUGGCUGAGCCUGAAUUCAAAAGAGGAGGGACAAGGGCAACUGCAGGCCCCCGAUUGGGUUGGUCUCGAGAUUUGGGACAGUCUAACAGUGACUUGGAUACACCAUUUGCCAAAUGGACCAAGGAGCAAGUUUGUAAUUGGCUUGCAGAACAAGGUUUGGGAUCCUACCUGAAUUCUGGCAAGCACUGGAUUGCAUCUGGUCAAACACUUUUGCAGGCUUCUCAGCAAGAUCUAGAGAAGGAACUUGGAAUCAAGCAUUCACUUCAUCGAAAGAAACUCCAGCUGGCACUGCAAGCUCUAGGAUCCGAGGAAGAAACCAAUCAUGGGAAGCUGGAUUUCAACUGGGUCACUAGAUGGUUGGAUGAUAUUGGCCUCCCCCAGUAUAAGACCCAGUUUGAUGAAGGACGGGUGGAUGGUCGAAUGCUACAUUACAUGACAGUUGAUGACUUACUGUCUUUGAAGGUUGUGAGUGUGCUGCACCACCUCAGUAUCAAAAGAGCCAUUCAGGUCCUGAGGAUCAAUAACUUCGAACCAAACUGCCUACGAAGACGACCAUCUGAUGAGAAUAGCAUCACCCCAUCCGAGGUUCAGCAAUGGACCAAUCAUCGAGUGAUGGAGUGGCUGCGCUCUGUGGAUCUGGCAGAAUAUGCUCCCAAUCUCAGAGGCAGUGGUGUCCAUGGUGGGCUCAUGGUUCUAGAACCUCGUUUUAAUGUAGAAACAAUGGCACAGUUAUUAAAUAUUCCACCAAAUAAGACACUGUUGCGAAGACAUUUGGCCACUCAUUUUAAUCUCCUAAUCGGUGCUGAGGCCCAACAUCAGAAGCGAGAUGCCAUGGAGUUACCAGAUUAUGUACUUUUAACAGCUACUGCCAAAGUGAAGCCAAAGAAACUUACCUUCAGCAAUUUUGGGAAUCUGAGAAAAAAGAAACAGGAAGAUGGAGAAGAAUAUGUUUGUCCAAUGGAAUUGGGACAGGUAUCAGGAAGUGCCACUAAGAAGGGGUUUAAACCUGGUUUGGAUAUGCGCCUAUAUGAUGAAGAUGAUUUAGAUCGGUUAGAGCAGAUGGAAGAUUCAGAAGGGACAGUGAGACAAAUAGGGGCAUUCUCUGAAGGCAUCAACAAUCUCACACACAUGUUGAAGGAAGAUGACAUGUUUAAAGAUUUUGCUGCCCGCUCUCCCAGUGCCAGCAUUACAGACGAAGAUUCAAACGUUUGACCUGGAUGAGCAGUAGGAGCCCUUUGUCUUUUUUCCACUUUAUUUUUUAAAUACUUACAUUGUGUACUAUAAGCAACAGAUUGUAUAUUGUUUAUCAUUCCAACUUUUUCUCAUUUAGAAGUGGAAAUGGACAACAGGAGAAUUGUGCCUAUUCAGAA